AUGGCCCAGCCCUCGGCCGAGUGGUCUGUACUUGCUCCAGAGUCGAGACUGAAUCGGCCGAGGAAUCCUCGCUCUGCCAAGGCAUGUCUUUCGUGCCGCGGCCGAAAGGUGCGCUGCGAUGCCGUCUCAAAGAGACCCGAGCCAUGCACCAACUGCACCCUAGAUGGAUUGAUAUGUGAGUUGGCUCCACGAAGGCACUCAACCCGUCGAUCUCAAGGAGCUGGCGUACCUACCCGCAAAACUGGUUCUGCGAGGGUCUCUGACUCCGAUGGCCACUCAGUACACAACGCAUAUCCGUCUCGAAGGAUCAACCAAGCCAGAGAGAUCGGUCCACCCGAUGCAGGAGCUCUUGCAGCAUCGCCCGCGAACGUGUCUCAGACCCGUUCUGAAGAUAGUGUGCAGCCAGACGAGGACAUUGAGACAACACAGAUCACGGUGCGUCAACCGUUAGGCGCACGCGUCAGCACCGACAUGCGCGGUGAAACAUCAUUGCCCCAGGUCCAGAACAAUACCGAUAUUUGUAUGCUGAGUACAGAUGAUUUCACAGCUGAAUCACAGAGGGCUACAUUAUCCGACUCAUAUGAUUCCUUCCUGCCCACUCUAGACUACGAGUUUUCAGAUGAGCAGAUACUGGAGCAAUACAUGAAUCUGACAGACGUGUUCGAUCCAUCUGUGACCGCUGCGAUGAGCGUAGGCCAUCCGCUUGGACUGUCGCCAGCAUCCGUGGAGCCACCUGUUCAACACAGACGUCAUGUGUUCAAGUCCCCUCUGCCUUGGGUUGCCGACUGGGUCAUGGAGAGCCACAAGGAUGACGACGCCUACACCCAACUGGUAGAACAAAGAGUGUUGCACCUGCCUGAGAUCUCCGAGAUCUCCUUGUCGGUACAAUUGUAUUUCACCUACGUGCACCACAGGCUCCCCCUGCUCGACGAGCGCGACUUUUACCUUCUGGUGAACGGCACAGAAGAUGAGUUGUCGGAGCGACCACUAACUCCAAUUAGUCUAGCACUUUUAUACUGUAUUAUGUUCGCAGCGUGCCCGUACUCAAAAGUGCGCGGUAUGGAUCCGUCUCAGAUUCGAACUCUACGAGCAAAGCGGAACGAACAUUACUCUAGGGCGACUUUCCUAUUCAAACUAGGUUGCGAAAGCGAUCCGAUGCGAAGAGUUCAGAUUUGCCUCUUGCUCAGUACCUUCAAGGCCUAUCCAGGCCACUUUGUGGAGAAUGAACGCUGGAUUAUUGAAGCAUACAAGACGAUCCAGAGCGUCGGCGUGUGGCCUCAGAAAAACUCAACCCCAGGAUUUGCCGAACGAUCGGAGUGGAAUCGAGUGUGCGCAUGUUGGCUACACCGGUUUUCGAGUGCUCUCAUGGGACUCAGAUGGACGAGCAACCCAAAGAUGAUGGACGCCAUUUCCUUGCCUUGGCACACGCUUGGACUAAAAGACUUCGAACGAGACUUCAGUUUCUCGUGGUACUUGAGCGCCGCUGUAAAACAACAACUGACUCGUCUUUUCGUGGCUCGCAUCGAGAUGCAAGUCUUGUUCGGUCACCUGGGCAAGGUCUUGUGGAGGCGCACUGCCGAUCAGCUGGAACUGAUAGGAGAAAAGCCUGACUUUACACCGCCAGCCCCAUCGAACCCGAUGCCUAUUGAAGAGAUGGAGGCGCGCUACCGUAAAUGGAGGUACGACAACACUUCACUUUGCGAGCUGAAACCGCACGAGUCUCUGCCGCGUUUUGAAAGGCGCCUCCUCCGCCUGGAACAGUUGAUAACUAAGUUGACAUAUGAAUAUGCCAUUACCAUCCUGUACCAAAACACCCUCAUCCUGGAGAGGAGCCUGAUUACACCGUGGGCCAGGAGGAUCAUCGAAUCUUCUCGAUUAGCGCUGUGGGAUUCGAUCAAGUCAAUGAUGGAGAUCUUGAAAGAAGUGCGGGAUGAGCAGAUGAUAUUUCAACUACCUUCCAACAUGUUGAUCGUGGUCCUCAUCCCACUGACCAUUUUCUACCUUUACAUCCAACAAGCCACGGACUUUGAACCCUCAACAGUUGAGAGUCUCGCCAUCUGCUCGCAGCUAUCGAAGACAAUGGUGGACCUCUAUGACGCCACAGAAUUUUUCCCCACCAUCUUGAAGAACACUGUUGUGCUCGCCCAAAGGUACAGGCAGACUUCAUUCGGCUCCUGCGAACCCGAGUCUCUGGAGAAUCCUCAGUUGCCGCCACGACCGAAGGACGAGACAUGUCUCCCCGACUAUCAGCUUUACUCGUUGGUACUGCGAUUCCAGUGUCUCGCUCUAGUCCUUGGACGUAUACCGCGGGUCGAGGACUUCGUGCAGCAGGAACCACCCAAUCGCCCCCUGGCGAUAAUCUGA